CUAUUACUAACAUCGAUCUCAAUAAAAAUGUUCAUGACAAAUAUCUUGCCUUGCACUGAUCCGCAAUAAAAAUACCGGCAUUGCUUUGCUGUUUCAGCAAUCAGUUUCACUUGAUUGUAGACGUAUUUUAGAUGGAGUACACUGUAAAGUGUAGUGUUCCAGCUGCAUUGACCGUUACAAUCCGACCUGGGUCAUCCAAAAAAUCAUCUACGUUUGGCCUUUGUUUUUUGUUUUUAAACAAUUGAAUGGUUUUGCGUCCAAAGCCAAUUUGAUAGAGUUGUCUUUUUUAUGGUGAUAAGUACUGGGGCAAUCUAAUGGUUUUUAGAUUCCCCUUGUGGGUUAAACAGUUUCUUACAUUUCAUGUUGAGUUUUUGUUUUCAACCUUUCGACUGCUCGCACAAAGUAAUCAACAAACUGUGCUUAAAGAUUUAAUUGUUCCGCUGAGAUUUCGUCUUCUUUGAAAGCUCCAUUUUUGGUUUCACAGUUGCAUAGUUCUGAAAAGAAAGUGGACUCCCUGUAUCGAAUUUCAUAUUAAUUAUCUGGUUAUCAAUUCUGACCGACGCCGUAAAUGAUUUGGUUGUUUUAUGGUUAGGGUCCCUGCGGAUAUCAAAUUUUUGAACAUUUGAGUCAUGGUUCCAUUUUUAUGAACCUCAUUUUCAUUUUGCAGUCUGUUCUCCAUGCAUCGUUCGAUCUGUGUCAUCGAUGUAGUUUUUGGCUCUUUUGACAUCAUUUCAAAUUCAUCUUAAUAAUCAAAUUCUUGUGUCAGUUACAUUCUUCAUCCGAACUUUCCCUAUCCUCAGUCAGUUUGUUAUCUCGUUAGAACGGUCACAAUUUUGCAAAAUUAUUUGGCUUAUUCAAUUUUUUCAUGAUUUUCUCAUAGCAGAACAUUUCUUUAAAUGUCCCUCUGAAAGAAUUGGCCGCAUCUGUUGCACGGUUUUUUUUCUCAGCUGGGUCUACUCGUGUUUCUACGAUCCUUCUAAACUGGUUUCUAUUCGGUUUUUUCGUGUACAGAUAUCAUUAACCCUCUGCUGUUACAGAUUCUUGUUUUCAUCUUUUUGGGCGAUCCCGCGGAAUGACGUGUACUGGCAGUAACCGCAUUCGAUUUUUGAAAUGCCAGAGUAGUCUGUUUAUUCGACUCAAUUUUCCAAGCUUUUUCGAGCACUACAUCUGGCGAUAGUGUUUCAUACCUCAACGUAUCCUGCAGCACUGCAUUUCUCAAUUUUGAAAUGAUUAUACCUCUCAACAACUCGUCUUCAAGAGUACCGAGCUUAGACCCUACUGUUUGUGCAGUCAAUGCAGCGUGGAACGAUUCCAAUGUAUAACCUGCAUCCUGUGAUCUGUUGAAAAACUUGUAUUGUAACGUUUUUCAUAUUUUGAAAAGAUUUUUGCGCCAAUACGGCUAUUUCUUCGAAUCCUAGCGUUGAUAUCUCCACGUGUAGGCUUUUUGUAUAAAUCGUUUCUUCCUCUCUUUUUCUAGUGCUAAGUGUAACAUCAAUUUUUAUUUUUUUGGACCUCGUUAUGAUAGUGUAACUUCUAUACUAAUCGUUUUUGGACAUCCACCCACCUCAAAACCGCUAGCGAGAGUGGGAAGGCAGACACCUCGUUUUUGCUUUUUACAGGGAUCGUGCUCCUGGUAUUAUGCUUAUAUCUGUCGACCAACUUACUUCAUGCGGGUGGGAAAAAAAUCUUAAUAAGAAAAUAAGAAGAGGCACUUUUCGUGUGGAGAAAAGAUAGAAUAAUGAGCGUUUUCCUGAGGGAGAAAGUAUUUGCCCCUUUAAGACUGCUGCUCCAUUCUACUCAAAAGGAAUUUUCCUAUUACAAGUGAGACUAUAUCUGCUGUCUUUUUGGCCCAAAACAGUUCAAAAUUCAUGUCUUUUCGGUUAUAUCCCCUAAACGAUAAAAAAUUAAAGUUGAACUCUUAAUCACAAAUCUGGAUCAAUAUAGUCAAAAAAUUAUUUAGGUUAUUUUGGUGGAGACUCAGGUUUAUCUAAUGUAGUGGCAAAUUCCACACAAACUGUGUUCCCGAGUCCAAAAUGUGUUCCCGAAUGUUGCUUGUUUUGCAAUUUUGCAACUUUCGGGGUUGAAUUCAAUGCUCUCAAUCCCGGAUCGGUAUCAGGAUUAACAAGAAUUGCGUUUGCUUCAUUUUCAUACUUUUAAUUUUUGAGCUGCAAUUCCAAAAACCCCCAUUUUAUGCUUGAUCGAGAAGACCCCAAGUUUCUUUGAGCACGAAGACGAAAUAACUUUAAUUUUUUUUUAAAUUUGCGGAGUAUGGCGCAAUUAUACAGGUUUUUAUUAGAACAUAUUAAUUUUUUCCACAAACCACAUGUAACAAAUCUCCGUUUAACUUCAUUGUGAAACUCCUUUUUCCAUUUUUACUAUUCAUUUCGGCUCUUCAGAUCAAGCUAUUGUUUCUCAACAACGUCUAAACUCUGCCCCUUUUUUCAUCUUGCUUUCACUUUUAGACGUGCAGCUUUACUUCGAUAUGUGAAAUUUAUUUGCAAAACAUUUACCAACAUAAUCCAUUCCUUAAUUUCAUUACAAAAACCUGGUAAAGUAGUUAAAUUCAUUUUUCCAUUUGCAAUCUAGGUAUGAGUCUGGUUAUGCUGAAAUGUAUUCUUCUUUUUCUACAAUUAUUUUGGCAUCUUGGUUCGCCAACUUAUUCGACCUUCAAAGAAGAAUCACCUGCAAAUGAUGUUGAUGAUGUUGAGAUUGCAAGUUCCAAAAACGGAUCUUCGUCCAAGGUGAUGAAGUCUGGCUAUGUGUGUGAAGUGGCCAACAGGAACUGGUGUGAGAUAUUGGAGCUAAAAUGGGUCCAGGAGAAAACAAGGAAGGCACAGGAGGACUUUUUUGAGUUCCUGAAACUGACUCUUGAGAGCCGUGCAUACGACAGGCAAAUGCGCCCCAGUUACGCCACUGAUAAAGCGUUGGCAGGGAGUGACAAAGUGAAGAUCAGUGUGUACGUGAUGUCUCUCGGGCCAGCCUCAGAGUCAGAAAUGAGUCUGAUCCAGGAUCUGUAUAUGACGCAGAUAUGGACUGACCCAAGACUCCGCUACCCGACUGCCUCAUGGACUGACCCAAGACUCCGCUACCCGACUGCCUCCCAAACUGACCUCGACCUGGACUCUAACUUCUCAUCUUUUUCCUCUCCCCCGUUGGACAUCUCAGUGUCUGUUCACACAGACAUGGUGCGCAAACUCUGGACUCCGGAACUUUACUUCAGAAAUGGACUGCACACCGAAAUAGCUCGUACUCACGAGGACAAAAUUGGAACUAUUAUGAAAAUAAAGUCUUCGGGAGAAAUUACUCUUGUGGAAAGGUUUUUCCUGAAGACAGCUUGUCCCAUGCAGUUGUCUUACUUUCCCUUCGACUACCAAAUAUGCGAACUGGAAAUUUGUCCACUUGGAUUUGACGACGCUGAGAUCUCUCUGAAGUGGAAUGCGGUAGCCAUAACACACCAGGAGAUCAUCAUGUCCCAAUUCGACUUCCUCAGCCACAACACCUCUGUCAGGGAAUUCAAAAUCAAGUCAAUGGACGAGGCGCAGACGGAAUUAGUGUUGCAGUAUCUGCUGAAGAGACAGACCACCUACUACGUGGGCCAGAUAUUCUUACCAUCCCUCUGGAUCGUCAUCAUAUCCUGGACCACUUUCUACAUCAAUCCAGAGGCGGUUGCAGCGCGCACUUCCAUCGCCCUCACAUGUGCCUUGAGCAUGAUGACCUUGACCACUGGGUGCAUAGGGAGUCUUCCUUCCAGUCAUGGCUGCACCCCUGUGGGUAUCUACCUGUCCACCUGCUUCCUGUUCGUGUUCGCCGCACUAAUCGAGUUUGCAUUUGCCACAUUCGUCCAAACACACUUAAAGCACAAAGCAGUCAAAAACAUCAGGAAACAAUCACGGCCUGAUUUCAAUCGGAGCCAUCAAUCUCUGAAAGAAGACAUGAAACUGCAAACUUUAACCCGCCGAUCUGUUCUGUUCGAUUCAAACUUACGGUCAACUCAAACUCGAGAUGCAGUUCAGGUUCAAAUUCCACAAAUCAACAGCAACUCAUGCUGGCACUUAAUGGGAUCAAACCCUGUUAAAAUUGAUGUUUACAGUCGCUUUUUGUACCCGCUUGCUUUCAUUCUGUUCAACGUAGUUUUCUGGAUUUUGACAAUGAACUCGACCAAACAAUAUAACAAGGAGGUCGCACAUUUAGUCGCGGAAGUUCAAAAUGAUCUUUAAAUAUUCAGUUUGUAGACUUAAUUUUGUCUAUUUUGUUUUAUAAAUCAUAAUUGAUAGUUUUGUGAAUAAAUCUAAUUUAACAGUUC